AUGAACACCAUUUCUUGCUCAAAGGUCUUCCUAAUUGUGCUGCUUGUAACUCUCUUCCCAACCCAAAUUCUUUCUCAAAAUUUAGCAGUUUGUGAUCACACUGAGUAUAGGGUAUUGUGCAGAAAAACUCUUAGCUCGGACUCGGCGAGUAAAUCGGCCACUAGUUUUGAUGACGUAGCCAUGAUUAUGCUAAAGCAUGCAACAUCUACAGCAAACCAAAUAAGUGACCAACUCAUAAACUUGCUCAAACAAGCACAAUCGUCGUGGGGCGGCGAUGUAGUUGCCCUGGUACAUUGCAGUAAGUACUACAAAGAUGCAAUUGGAAAACUUGCGGAUUCGAAAAAAGCCCUGCAAUCAAAGAGGUAUGCGGAUGUUAAGAAUUCGAUCUUGGUUGCCAUGACUGCUGUUGGCAAAUGUGACCAAGACUUCAAGAAAUUUGGAAAAAACAGCAAUCCUCCAUUAGGCUAUCAGGGUGACACAUAUAUCGUGCUUUGCAGAAUUGUCUUGCAAUUGACCACUCGCAAAUGA